AUGAUUGGUCAUGCCUUAAUCUUGAUAUCUCAAUGUCUGACUGCUGUUGCGUCAGAAAAGAGUGUUGAUAUCAGCUUGAGGGCCAACUGGUUCAAAACCCCUUUCCCAUUGUUACUGCUUGAGACGGUUGCAAGCGAGAAUGAAUCGGGUUUCCAUACAAUUCUGGACGCCAUGUUUCACGUCUCAUUUCAGUCACUGGAAUUCGAGGAUGCAGAUCUACAGUUUGAUGCCAUUCCGUUUGCCAAAUCCGAUAAAGAACUGUAUGAAGCAUGGUCUCAAAAGGCUGGAGCAACGGCUGAAAAGUCGAUAACUGAUGUAUAUCUCGCAAACAAAUACUAUGCCCCAAGGGUUCAAGCACACUACCAGCACUACGAGGAAGUCCGAUCGUCAAUUUUAGGUGAUCGGUGUGGAACAAAUUCUAAGGCUUGGCUCUAUUUCAAUAACGAAGUGUACUGCAGUUCCAAUGAUGUCUUUUCACUGAAAACUGGCAACGAAACAGGACAACGGCAAAUAUUGCCAUUCGACAGAGUUAUUGGUGCUAAAGACAAUGAUGUUCCUGUUGCAAUUAUCUAUGGGGACUACAAAAGUCCGCUGUUUUCGCAGUUUCUUUCCAACUUGGCGGGGUUCAUAAAAGAUGGUAGACUGAGACUAGUCUGGCGGUAUAUUCCCGACGAAUCGAUUUGGCAAAAAGAAACUUUAGCUGGGUAUGGUGUUGAUCUAACCCUAAAGAACACUGAGUAUAUCGAUAUCGACGACAGAGACGUAGUUGCUAACAAGCCAGUAGAGGCAAAACCAACUGUUGCCGAAUCCAAUGAUUUUUGGGAUGUAUAUUCCAAGGAGAUUGAGACAGUAUCUAAGAAAGACAUUAGUUUAUUGGGUUACAAGCUUACGCACUAUGUCAAGAACCUUGAAGUGUCCGAGAGUGAGAAGUUGUCGAUUCUUAUUAAACUGAUUCAAGAUCUUCCAAAGUAUGCAUCUUUCAUUAAUCGUCAAGUAACAGAUACUGACGCUACAGAAAGUAUCGUGGAUGGAUGGGAGAAUUCAUUUGACCACAUCCCUCAAGGUCUGUAUAUUAACGGAGCUGUAGUUGCGCAGUCAAACUUAAAUUAUAUGGAUAUCUUAAACAUUUUGAAAAGAGAAUAUGCAUUCGUUGAUGAUUUAACAAGAUUCGGGGUUGCAAAAGUUCAUGCUCAGGAUAUCAUGAAGAGUUUUGCCGCUCAUGUCCCUGAUAGAUCAGUUAACAAUACUGAGUUGAAGAGGUUUGAUAUUAGAGUUCAUGCAGAUGCUAUUAUCUACUUAAAUGAUAUCGAAACUGAUCCUCUGUAUUCCAAUCUUUCAAGCUCUAGAGAACCUUACACGAGGCAACCGCUUUCUACAGGAGAGUUCCCCCCUGUAAGAGAGAAUAUUCAUGAAUUGGUGUUUGUUAUAGACCUAGAAGAUCGUGAUCAGGUUAAAAUAUUGCUAACAUUUUUUUAUUCAAUGUCAGAGAGUCGACCACUAAGAAUAGGUCUUGUUCCAUUUACUUCUGAUUACAGUGUUGAUGAGAACUUCCUUCAUGUUGUUGAGACUCAGGGAAUACAUGAGGUGAUCGCUUUUUUGCGUCAUGUUGCUACAACUGUUCUAAAGAAUGAUGAGGAGGGUCGACUUAGUGUGCUUGAUCUAGGAUGUUUGUAUGACAUUUGUUACACAGAUUUAGGUCCAAAAGUUGACGAUUUCAUCGAUGGCUUUUCAAUCACUCAUCCAGUAGUUAUUGCAAAUGGCAAAUUUUUUGACUUCGGAAAAGACUGGUGGAAUAAUCCUACCAAUAAGAUUCAUCUUGCUCAAGAGCUUUUUAAGGAUAUAUUGGAUCUAGGUAAAGCGAUAUCAAAUGGUGCACUUUCUGCCGAUAUGAGAGCGCAAGACUUUCUUUAUAAUGGUUCUCAGACUUAUAGGAACCCUAUAUUCAGUGCAUUGAAUAAGAAAGAGCCUCUCUAUGGAUUUCCGGAUUCUAUGAAGGCUGAUAUUCCAUUUUUUGCGCCUUUUGAUAGCUUGGAAGUUUUCAAGAUUAUAGAACAAAACGAAAUAUCAAUUGCCACCUUAGUUAUAGAUGACCAACCGGAUUCAAUUCCAAUUACAAUAUGGUUAAUAGGAAACUCUUGGGACUUAGUGUUUCUAUCCCAGUUGCGUUACUUGAUGUCGGUAGCCUCUGAUCUGAACCCUGUCAAGAUUAGAGUCUAUGAUACAUCUUUGAAUCCUGAGUUUAGCUCGUGGCUGCAAGCGGAAAUGGACAAAUCUUUGGCAGAUUUGAUUAUCCUUAUUGGUGCCAGACGUUUCGACAGACGUGACGGCAAAUAUCCCGAAUGUCCUGAAGAGGCGAAAGAUUUUGUUCUAAAAACUUUCAAUCUGGAUAUUUCCAAGGCUGGAGAUCCUUACUUGAUUCUUAACGGUAGAGCUAUCAAGAUUGAUGGGAUACUGUCGGAUACUCGUUUAAAACAACUGGUUCGAUCCGAAACGGAUUCAAAACUUCAAACUACUUAUCAGCUACUAUCUGAACAUAACAUUUCUACACCCAUAGUCUUGGAUAGGUUUGAGUUGUUUGAGUAUUUCACUAUGAGCGUUUCCAAGACUUACUAUUUUAGUGACGGUUAUCAGCCAGAUCAGAAACUAUUUCCACGAUACAAUACUAACCUUCUUAACGAUACAUUCUCCAUUGAAAUGGCAAAAUCUAAUGCUGAAGGUUCCACCAUGGAGGUGACAUUGUUUAUAGAUCCACUUCAAGAAGAGUCUCAGAAGCUUGUGUCGUUGCUUUCGUUAUUUGAAGAGUUGAACAGGGUGAGAAUUAAGGUCAUAUUAAAUCCACAAAAAGCUAAUGAGUUAGACGUUAAAAGGUUUUAUCGUGGAGUGUUUCCUAAUUCUGUCAAAUUUAGUUCCGCUGGAUUCGCUCUGGAUAAUGAGGAUAAAGCUCUCUUUGCUUUGGUACCUGAAAAAAAUUUGUUUACUGUAGACUUAGACGUUCCUAACCGGUGGGUUGUCGUAAUCAAGGAAGCUGUUACCGAUUUGGAUAAUGUGCUACUGGAAUAUUCAGGUGAAGCGAGGGGUGUUUAUGAACUGAAAUCACUUCUUGUUGAAGGGUAUUCUUAUGCAACAACAAAACAAGAUCAAAUUACGGGUUUUAACGUUUUUCACGCUGUACUUAGGGGACAUUCGGAAACAACUGUUAUGCCUGACUAUGGAUACUUCCAACUGCAAGCAAAUCCAGGAUUGUGGAAAUUUUCUAUGAACGCUGCCGGAGCAGAAGUCCUUCAAUUGGUUAAAUUUGUGGGUAAAUCUAACUAUAACAGAAUUCAGUACACGGUUUUGAAUGAAACUGCUAUCAUCCCUGUUUUAAAUUUGAAUGGAAAUUUUAUUGAACCUCUUUUUGACAGAACUCCUGGCCAAAAGAACGCUUCUCUAAUUGGCAAUACAACGACCACUAAAAAAGAAAGUUCCAGGGGACGUUGGAUUUCAUGGAAUAACCAAGAAGAAUCAAAGAACGCUGGUAUCAAUAUUUUCACAGUUACCAGUGGGCACCUCGAUGAGCGGUUUUUGUCAAUAAUGGCAAACUCAGUAAUGAAACACACAGAACAUACCGUCAAGUUUUGGCUAAUUGAAAACUACAUGUCACCUGCGUUUAAAGAGAAUUUACCUUUUCUUUCCCAAAGGUUUGGCUUUGAGUAUGAACUGAUCAACUAUAAAUGGCCAGCAUUUUUAGAAGGUCAAAGGAAGAGACAGCGAGCUAUUUUGAGAUACAAGAUUCUUUUUUUGGAUGUUUUUCUCCCUCAAAGCCUUGAUAAAGUGGUGGUUGUUGACGCGGAUCAGAUAGUGAGAACUGAUUUAAAAGAACUUGUGAAUUUGGACCUUGAAGGUGCGCCUUACGGGUAUGUACCAAUGUGUGAUGGCAGGGAAGAGAUGACAGAGUUUAAAUUUUGGAAGCAGGGAUGCUGGCUAAAGGACUUAGGUGAUACGUUUAAGUAUCACAGCAGUGGUCUGUAUGUGAUUGACUUGAAGACUUUUAGGAACAUAGGUGCUGGUUUUUAUUUAAGGCAACUUUACCACCUCUCUCGAGAUUCAAAUCCCAAAUUAAAAAUUUUUUCACUCCCUCAAGAAUGGCUCUGGUGUGAAACUUGGUGUAGUGAUGAGGGUUUGAAAGAUGCAAAAACGAUAAACUUUUGCAAUAAUCCUUUAACCAAAGAACCAAAGCUGGACAUAGCAAGAAGAAUUCCAGAAUGGAUUCAGUACGAUAAUGAAGUACAGCAGGUUAUAGACGAAGUUUCUGCCAGCGCCAAGAAAAUUAGCACUGAACAUGAUGAGUUUUAG